AUGGAGGUAAACGCAGGAAAACAAGACUCACUGGAUGCUGCUGUCAUCAUUGUGGAGAACGAAGCCGAGAGUAUGCAAGUGCACGAAGAAAAGUCCCAUACAGCCGGACAGAAUUACCUGGAAACUUGCCCAGUUUGCCGUCUAAACUUCCACAGUCGAGAGCCCAAACUUCUGCCGUGUCUGCACUCCUUCUGCAAGAAAUGCUUGCCUCCACCCUCCAGGAAUCUGGCGAUGACAGAGCCGCCAAACCUGCAGAUUGACGGAGCGACCAAACCACUGAAUGUGAUCCGCUGCCCAGUCUGCAGACAAGAGUGUAUGGAGGUAGAUGUGAUGGAAAACGUGUUUGUGAAGGACUCUGUUGAGGCUCCAAGCAGCACAGUGGAGAGGACUGUCCAGCUCUGUAUGACCUGUGAUGACAACACUGAAGCUGCUGGGUUUUGUGUAAACUGUGUUGAGUACCUGUGUACCACCUGUGUGGAGGCCCACCAAAGAGUCAAGUUCACCAAAGACCACACCAUCAGACAGAAAGCAGAAGCCCCACAAGAGGUUAACGGUGCGUCGACUCUGAGGCCGGUGUUCUGUGACAUCCACAAACAAGAACCGCUGAAGCUGUUCUGUGAGACGUGUGACCUGCUAACCUGUCGAGACUGCCAACUGGCCAAGCACAAGGACCACAAUUACCAGUUCCUCGAAGAUGCUUAUAGCAACCACAAAAAGCACAUGGAGAGUUUGACCCAUCAGCUGCUGGAGAAAAAGAAAGUGAUAGAAGAGGUAUCAAGCUCCAUAAACAAUGGACUCCUUCAGGUUGAUCAGAACCGUACGUCUGUUCAUAAUGAAAUAAAGAAAUCCAUCUGCACUUUGAUUCUGGAGAUAAACAAGAAGGGCAAGAUGCUGGUCAAUCAGCUGGAGGCUGUAACAAAGGAGCAUGAGAGUGUCUUACGAAAACAACAGGAGGACAUCGGCUAUCUUUCCCGACACCUGGAUCACGUCAUCAACUUCACUAAAUGGGCCACAGCCAGGAGUGGGGGCACAGCGCUCUUGUACUGUAAACGUCUGAUUCUGUUUCAGAUUGGAAACCUCCUGCGGGCAAAAUGCAGUACCUUGUUUGUACCACAGAGCACCGCACGCUUCCAGUGUCGAGCCUCGUACUGGGCCUCAAAUGUGGAUCUGGGCUCUUUAGUGGUGGAGAAUGUGCCGGGCCACCAGCUGGGUGGAUUUCAGGGUAUCCCUCACCAGCCCUGCAACCCUGGGCAGCCCCCCUCAGGCUCACCCCACAGCUUUGCCCUGGGAGCCCCUCAUAGCACUCUGGCUCAGCUCCAAAUGCAGGUGGACAAGCUGAACCCGCAGGCCCACUGGCAGCCCCAACCGCCUCCUGCUCCCUGGACGUGGUACCAGAGUGUCCGUCUGCAGAGAACAGUCCCAGGGCCCCUGCAAAGAGCCUCUCCCUCCCAUGUUAUUCAGCCCCAGACAGGACGUAGGUUCAUGGUUCCUCCUCCCAACCACGUCAGCCCUACCAGCAGCUUACCGAGCCCUGGGUUUACGCCCCAGCCUCUGAGGAUGAUGGGAAGUGGGUCCAGCUACCAAUCCAGACCUGUGGAUGUAGUUUCCUCAUCACCUCUAUACACUCACAUAACAGCAGUGCCUGUUAAUGGUGGCAUCAGUCCAUCGGAAACCAGACACACGAUUGAAUCCACAUAUCUGAAUAAGAGAAAUGACUCUGGUGGUCCAGUCUUUAUGCUGAAGUCGAACUAUCCGCUGAGCAUGCCGCCUUCUUUGACACACAGAAAUGUGCAAGGACAGCAGUGUUCACCAGGGUACGCUGCUGUAUCCCAGGAGGAAAAACCAGGGUCUGUCUCCUGGAAACCUCUAGAAACACACCAGGCUAAUGGAGCAGGGGGAUCAGCUGCUAAGAAAAGACGAAGGUCAUCACCAGGGCCUAUCAUAGUCAUUAAAGAUGAGCCAGAUGAUGACAGCAGCUAUGUACAUGCCAACCAAAGAGCCAGCCUCCCUGACAGCACAGGUGACCAGCCCCAAAACUGUGCCCAAGGUGUGCCGAACAAAGUCCCAACUCCUCUUCAAAGUCCUGACGACAAAUCUCGCACUCCCAACAGCCCCCAGGAUCAGAGUAAUACGACUACUACUUCUGUACUGGGAGGAUCAGAGGAGGAAGCAGACCAGCACCGCUCUCCACUGGAAGCCUCUAAUGAAGUCGUGUGUGCUGUUUGUCGAAUGGGGGGAGAGCUGCUGCGCUGUCAAAAGUGCCCAAAGGUGUUUCACCUUUCGUGCCACGUUCCAAGUCUCCUCAAAUCUCCCAGUGGGGAGUGGUUUUGCUCUCUCUGUCGUGACCUGUUGGUGCCUGAGAUGGAGUAUGAAAGCAAACCUGAAGACAAAACAGUAAAGAGGGAGCCCGAUCCUGAUGGAGGAUUUCUCUCCAUGGACAAAAGGAAGUGUGAGAGGCUGUUGCUGCGCUUGCUUUGCAGUGACCUAAGUUCAGACUUUAAAGAGCCGGUUUCCCCCUCGGUAUGUGUUAAUGACGGGCGGACUAUAAAGGGACCACUGAAGCUUUCCACUGUGAAAAAACGACUGGAGGCUAAACAGAGCAUGUGCUACCAAAGCUCUGCAGAGUUUGUGUCAGACGUCAGGCUUGUCUUUGGCAACUGGGAAAGCAAGGCUGAAACUGAGGUAGCAACAGCAAACAAGAAGCUCAAGGAGCUGUUUGAAGAGCAUUUGAAAUGUACCUUUCCCGACCAGAACUUUCCAGAAAUCAAACUGGAGGUGAUUCCCACAGCUCCACUUGACUCUCAACUCUCAUCUCUCAAUGAUGCAUCCCAGCCCAAGUGGCCCAGCACAUUUUCAGACUCCCAGGAUGCACUAAGCAGUGGAAAAGAGGAAGUCAUAUAA